AUAUGGUUGUUAUUUGGAUGCGUAAAACUUGAAGCGUCACUGGAGAGGUGUCUCUCUCUCCCGCCAUUGAAGUAGCUAUCUAUCGUUCUGAGAAUGAAAAUACACGCAUUUUGUGUCUCCGCUUUUGCUUCUACGUUUUCUCCUUUUCCUAACCCUAAGGGUGCACUUUUGCAAGAUUGGAAACUUCGGAAGCAUGCGCUGAGCUUGAGGCUCACGCCAUUUCCUUGGAAUUCAAGUUGCAGAAAGAGGAGGAGAACUUUCAUAUGUGCAGCCAAUCAAGAAGCUGAGGAUGCUUUUAAGAAGACAGUUGAAAUUGAUAGGCUCAUAGAUACACUCAGAGAAGCUAAUCCUCGCGAACUUCAGCAACUUGUUGUUGAAAACAUUCUUGCUUUCAAUCCUAGCUUUUGGGUUCGACUUGCGGCAAGGACUGAUACUUGCAAGUCUGAGGAUGAUAAAAAAGAUUAUGAAGAAUUGGCUGCAUCGGUCAUGAGUUUGGUGGAUUGUGUGGUGCAUAAGACUAAUGAGAAGAUAGAGUCUUCCACGGAUGUAUUGAAGGGAGUACUAAAACCUGUGAUUGACGAGGAAGGAGAGAUUCCAUGGCCUCCUAGAGAUCCUCAUGCUGUAACAUUGAUGGAAAAGGAAAUAAGUCAAAGGGAACAAGAAGGACAACUGGAUGAAGGCUUCCUCGCUGAAGUUAAUGCACAGCUACGACAAGCAAAGGAAGAUGGUGAUAAGCCUGGGCUCGAGGCUAUGUUGCAAAAGGUGUUGCAGCUCUAUGCUUCCAAAGUUCUCUCAAAACGUACUUAUGCCAUUAAAGGGAAGGAAGUGUUAAAGGACGAGCAGUUCCUUGAAACCAUAAUCCAAGCUCCUGAGCAGGAAUGGAACAAUAUUUUGAUCAAUGGAUUGACAAUUGGUGCGGGCAAUAUUUCAGCAGAGGAGCUCUUCGCUGUCUUAAAGAAACGAAUUGAACGCGUUUUGAUUCGAACGGAGGGAGGCUCUUACCGACAGCGCAUUCUGACAGAGUACCUGAGAGGCAUUGAAAAAAGAACAGAGGAGAUUGUUCAAGCGCUUCAGGGGAAACCACAAUAGCAUUUUCUUCGAACCUGAAAAUGGCUUGGCAGUUAGAAUGUCAUAAACCAAAGUAAUGUUCUGCAUGAGGCUGGAAGUGGUUUAUUAUUUGUGAAGCAGAUCAAGCUGAUACAAUGAGCUGGAGAAAUAUAAUCACAUAUCUUCAAUCAGUAGCAGUACUCACGGAUCGGAAGAUUGGCUUUCAGAAUAGUAUCUGUCGACUUUCAUAUUCAGGUAGCAAGUUAAGUAAUAUCUCCUGGAAGAAAAUAUACAUAUUUAUUGUAAUAUUGGAAUCUGGCAAAAUUAUUUUAAAAAAUAAAUAUAAUCAUUUGUGGUUUAAAUUUUGUUAAUGUUUUAUUUUUAGUUCGUUUUUGUUUCUAUAACCUUAGGCACUUGCAUCUGGUUAUUUAUUCUCAACCUGAAGAUAUGCACCUAGAGUGAGUUGCAAUUCUUUUUUGAGACAAUGAAAUUUGAAACAUUAAUAUAUAACA